UCCACAUAAAACCCACCAACAAUGUCUUAAACUACUCCCCCAGUUUUUUUUUUCUCAACUACAAUGCGAAAAAAACACACACAGACCUAGCAAUCUUCUAAGCCGUGCGGUGAGGUCCCGGUGAUGGUAGGACCCAUGUUUUCCGGCAAGACAGCCACACUGCUCCGCCGAAUCCAGGCUCAAAUCAACAAUGGCAGCUUUCAGGCCAAGCUCCAUAAGAGCUACGUGCACCUGAAUAAGGCUUUAAUGAAUCUUUGCUUUUCGGGAAGACUGAGGGAAACCGUGGGGCUUUUAUGGCGUACGAGAUUUAAAGCAGAUGAUGCUACUUAUGCACUUCUCUUGCAAGAAUGCAUUUUCAGGAAAGAGUAUAGAUCUGGGAGAAGAAUCCAUGCUCAAAUGGUUGUUAUUGGAUAUGUACCCAACGAAUAUUUGAAGAUUAAGCUGUUGAUAUUUUAUGCGAAAUUAGGGGAUUUAAGUACGGCCUAUCCUUUUGAUAAUUUGCUAGAGAGAACUUUGAUUUCUUGGAAUGCAAUGAUUGCUGGAUUUGUGCAGAAGGGUUGUGGAGAAUCUGGACUCGAUCUCUAUUAUGACAUGAAAACGAAUGGUUUAACGCCCGACCAGUACACCUUUGCAUCUGUGUUUAGAGCGUGUGCGCCAUUAGCUUCGUUAGAGCACGGGAAACGAGCUCAUGGGAUGUUGAUAAAGAGCCAUAUAAGGGAAAAUGUUGUCAGCAGUGCUCUCAUGGAUAUGUAUUUCAAAUGCAGCAGUCUUACGGAUGCUCAUCGGGUGUUUAAUGAAGUCGUUAAUAGGAAUGUUGUUACUUGGACGAGCUUGAUAUGUGGAUAUGGCCAGCAUGGAAGGGUUAAAAAGGUUCUAGAAUCAUUUGAUAAAAUGAUAAAUGAAGGUUUUCGGCCAAAUUAUGUUACCUUUCUUGCAGGUCUUUCUGCUUGUAGCCAAGGAGGCUUGGUUGGUGAAGGUUGGCACUAUUUCUUGUCAAUGACAAGAGACUAUGGAAUCCAACCAAGAGGGCAGCAUUAUGCUGCCAUGGUCGAUCUUUUAGGUCGUUCUGGGAAGUUGCGUGAAGCUUAUGAGUUUAUUCUUAACUCUCCCUUUAAAGAGCACCUAGCCAUAUGGGGUGCUUUGCUCGGGGCCUGUCGGAUUCAUGGGGAUAUGGAUCUGGCAAAGCUUGCGGCAGAUAAAUUCCUUGAAUUGGACCCUGAAAAUGCUGGAACAUAUGUGGUCUUGUCUAAUGCCUAUGCCACUUUUGGUUUUUGGGAAAAUUUGGCAGAACUUAGGAAGAACAUGAGGAGUUCUGGGGUCAUAAAGGAGCCUGCUUACAGCAGGAUUGAGAUUCAAGGGAAGGACCACUUCUUUUUGAGGGGUGAUGUAUCUCAUGAAUGUUCUGCAGAGAUUUACGAGUUGAUUGAAUUAAUGCCUUCCAUUUUAAAGGAUCCAAAUUAUAUUCCUGAUAUAAGUAGCACCUAAAAUCUCAUGUCCUGUUCCUAAUUCUGGUAUGUGCUGUGAAUACGAGCUGGUCGAAGGUUCAAAAAGUUCACAUUUGGAUAUUAAACUCACGAUGUGCGUGGAGAGAUGUACAGAAUUUGAUUACCCUGUCAGUAGGUAAAGCUCAUUAAAAUGCUGUUGUAUUCGAUUUGCUGAAAGUGACCUGCCAACUACGUGUUAAUGUUCACUUAUUAAUGAGACUGAUUUGGAAGGUUUUUAGAUUGUUUGGUGUUGAUGGUAACAUUUGGAUUGUGGCGGUUAUAGGCUGUUAACACAUUUUGAUUUGGGUGGAGAGUCGCAGCCGGUGAUUUAACGGUGGGAGGUCGAUAUAUGGAUAAUAAAUUGUCCUCAAUCCUCAUAGAGGGAGAGAGGAAGAAGUGGAAUCCCUCUUCUUUGUCUUGCAUGAGGGUUUUUGUAUCGAC